CGGGUGUGGUGAGCGCUGUUUUUUGGCAGCUCGUAGGCGGAGCCUGCUGAGACGCGACCUCGUUUCUAUUUUGUUUAUUUCGUACUUUAUUUUAGGCGGGCAUUGAUUUGACCUUUAGGUUUAGUUGGCAUUAAACGGAAUCGGAAUCUAGAAGACCCUUGAGGAAUGGUACUGAAAUUUUCGUUGGCUGUCCCAGCCCAUCCGGCUGGAAACCCCAAGAGUGUUUGGUGGCGCAGAACGGAAAGCUGCAGGCUUUGAUCAUUUCAGAAACCGCUGGAAAGGACGCGGCUGCUUUCCAGCCCAGACGGCGAGCACUCUGUGCUUCGGAUCUCCGGGCGUCCCUCCUCUGUUCGUCCCUGUCCUCCUCCGAGCGGGACUCCGGAGGUUUCUCCCCUCCGUCUCGGAGGAAGCACUUUCAGUUUGAGAUCCCCAAAUUUAACAGCAGUCCUGUGCCCGCGAGGUUUCCAGUAAUUAUCUGCAGGAAUCGCCAUGACCCCAGCUCUAAGGGAAGCAACAGCAAAGGGUAUCUGCUUUUCAUCUUUGCCAAGUAGCAUGGAGUCUGACAAGAUCCUAUGCAUGGAAAGUGCAAGAACUAUAGAUGAAAAUCUAAAGGGAGAUGCUUUCUCUCAGUUGCUGGGAUUUCCAACUUCUGAACCCAAUCUUAACACUAAUUUUGUGAAUUUAAAACAUUUUGGCUCCCCCCAGCCUUCAAAACAUUAUCAGACAGUUCUUUUAAUGAGUUCUAAUUCUACUUUAAAUAAAUACAAUGAGAAUUAUAAACAAAAGAAGUCAGGGGAACCCAACUGCAAUAAGCUGAAAAGCAUACUGCGUAACGGCAGCAACAUUCAGCUCAGGAAAAUGUGCCAUUCUCGUUCCGAAGAGUUCAUUAAAAAGGAGCCUCUGUCAGAUACAAGCCAGUGCAGGAAAGAUAUACAAAUCAUCUUGGAUUCAAAUCUCACCAAAGAUACGAAUGUAGAUAAAGCACAACUACACAAGUGUAAACAGUUCCAGAAGAGUGCACUUUUGGAUAAAGUUACUGAUGCUGACAUUAGAAAAGGUUUAUUGUACUGUGCUCAAAAGAAAACGGGACCUGGCCUCUCAAAUAUGCCUCAUAGUUCCUCAGCCGCUGAGAAAGAGGAGGAAGUGAAUGCUCGUUUACUUCACUGUGUAAGCAAACAGAAAACUUUGCUGAGCCAGGCGAGAAGGACCCAGAAGCACUUGCAGAUGCUCCUGGCAAGGCAUGUUGUUGAGCACUAUGGUCAGCAAAUGAAAUUUUCUAUGAAGCACCAGCUGCCCCACAUGAAGAGUUUUCAUGAACCGUCCACAGAUUUGGAUAACAGUUUACCUAAGUGCAUGGAAGUGAAGCCAGAAGUCAAAGUAUUGACUGCAGAGAAUAAAUUGUGGGAUGAUACACCAAAUGGCUUUACUCAGUGUACAGCUGCCGAAAUCCAGAGAUUUGCACUCUCUGCUACAGGGCUCUUGUCUCAGGUUGAAGAGGGUCUGGAUUCUGAUGCAACUGAUAGCAGCUCUGAUGACGAUUUGGAUGAAUAUACCAUUAGAAAAAAUGUGUCAGUUAACUGCAGUACUGAAUGGAAGUGGCUCGUAGACAGAGCAAGAGUUGGCAGCCGGUGGACAUGGCUUCAAGCCCAGAUUUCAGAGCUAGAAUACAAAAUCCAACAACUGACAGAUGUUCAUAGGCAGAUUCGUGCUUCCAAGGGGAUAGUGAUCCUAGAAGAAAGUAAGCUUCCAAAAGACAUAUUGAAAAAACAAAUAAAGUUUGCAGAGCAAGCAGCUUCAUUAAACACCACAGAGAAUCUUCAGGUUCCCCAGAGGAAUCAGGAGCCUUUACCAGAACAAGAUUUUGAAAUGUCACCGAGCAGCCCAACACUUCUUCUUCGAAACAUAGAAAAACAGAGCGCACAGCUGACUGAGAUCAUCAACAGUUUGAUCGCACCGCUCAACUUAUCUCCAACUUCAUCUCCCCUCUCCUCUAAAUCCUGCAGCCACAAGUGUUUCACUAAUGGCAUUUCCAGAAGUUCUUCAGAAAAUUUAGAGGAAUUCUCUUCAUCCAGUAACUGGUUACUUAAUCAGAAGCACAGUAAGAAAAGGAGAAAAGACAGGCUAAAACUGAAAUCUCCUUCUUUGACUGUCAUGAGUACAGCAGCCCGAACAAGACCACUUCAGAGUUUCCAAAAACGAAAACUCUACAGAUUGAGCCCCACUGUUUAUUGGGCUCCCCAGAUUUUGCACUCAAAAGAAACAUCAUUUUUAAAUCCUACAGAAAUGCCUUGCCUGCAGUCAUGUCCAACUGGGAUUAGCUGUGAACACAAUUCGAAGUCUCAGAUAUUAAGGGAACACGUUUCAGAGUUAGAUUCCGCUUUCCAUUCUGUUCUAUCAUUGCCAUCAGAUGUGCCUCUUCAUUUUCACCUUGAAACAUUAUUUAAAAACAGUGAAAUAGGAGGAGAUCUUGCUUCAAGUCAAAUUGUAGGCGACUGUAUCUUAUCACCAUCACCUGUAAACAGUACUUCUUUGACUCAAUGGAGAAAUGGAUAUUCACCUAUGUGUAAGCCUCAAGUAAGGUCAGAAUCUUCAGUACAACUGUUACAGGGAAGAAAGAAAAGACAUUUGAGUGAGACAGCAGUAGGAGAAAGGGAUAGAGGUGAGGAAUUUGCUUUCCAACACACAGAACCAGGAUCCCAUUGCAAUUUUACCGCUGUCUCUAAUUUCAAUGUUUUAUCAAGAACCCAGAAUUCAUCAUCACAAAGUUCUGCACGACGGAGGUUAAGAAGUGAAAGCUCUUAUGACAUAGACAACAUUGUGAUUCCUAUGUCAUUAGUAGCUCCAGCUAAGUUAGAAAAACUCCAGUAUAAGGAAAUACUGACUCCAAGCUGGAGGACGGCUAUUCUUCAGCCUUUGGAUGAAUGUCACUCAGGAGAAGAGGUAGAAGAUCUUUCUGAUGAUGUCUUCUCUCUAAGACACAAAAAAUAUGAAGAGAGAGAGCAAGCCAGGUGGUCACUGUGGGAACAAAGCAAGUGGCACAGGAGAAACAGCAGAGCUUACAGUAAAAAUGCUGAAGGUCAGGAGGUGCUCCUGAAGGACUCCCCGAACGAGCUCAGUGGCAGUCAGCCCUGCGCCAUGCAAAGCCCGCCUGAGCUGCUGUCAGUGUGCCAUGACCCGUGCGCACAAGACUCACGCUUUCCAAAUGAAAGUCAAGAAACCAAGUCUUUGUGGUGGGAACGAAGGGCUUUUCCAUUGGUGGAAGAAGACACAGCAGCCUUAUCCUGCCAAGACGAAGGAAAGGAGCAGCCAGAGAGGCCAAGCACAGCUUUCCAUAGCGACGUCUCCGGCACCAGUGCAUCCAAGAAUGGAUACCAUCUAAAAAACCAGUUAGAUGAAAUGGAACAACAUAGAGCCUUAAGUCUAGGACUUACUAACGGUAAAAAAAAACAGGUGACAGGGAAUAGGUUAAAAAAUUAUGCAAAUGAAGAGAAGGCAGGAGGCAAAACAAGCCGUGUUCUGGACCUUUCAUACCCGCUCAUCCUAAUUCCAGAAUAAGAGAACAGACCGCAUGUAUUCAUCUUUUAUGCUGUGAAACAGGCAAGAGAGGCCUCUUUUUCCUUCUUGAAGCGCAGAAGUAGCUAGCUUUUCACCUAGAGACAUUUUCCUCAUUUAUAUUUAUCAUACAAAUAAUAAGCACCAAUAUAUUAACUGCUACAACUUGAUGUCCAAUCAUAUUACUGGGUGAUUUCUAGGACACCACACCUCUCCAACACAAACACCCUACAUUCACACAUACACAAUCAUCAAAUGAUGAUUUUUUAAAUUCCUAUGACAAUUCACUGAAAUUCCCUCAGAAACAUACUGAAAUAUAUACGUGUAUAUAAUAUAUACACAUAUGCAUAGUUUUAAAACAGCAUCAGCAAUGACCCAUUCCACUUGCAAAUCCACAUAUGGAUCACCCUAUGAAACGUAGGCUGUAAUAUAUAGAGUACAGGCUUCCAGUGAGGAAAGACACCUAAGAGUUUGACUGUGGAGAGGGUAUACUUUUGUAUUUAAUGUGCUUAAACAACAGAAAUUAUUUAAGGAAAUUCUUCUGCCAGAUAAUACAAUAUUCAUCUAUUCAAAUGGUGACAUCUACUGGACUAACCCACAGGACUGUGUUUAUUCUUAACAGAGUUAAGAUAAGCAAAUCAAGAGUUAAAUAGUGCAAUUUUAAGUGACUGUAUCUUUGAAAACUCAACUUGUUUUGCCUACAUUAUUUUAUGUGUCUCAAGAAAAAUUAACUUAAAAUGUGAAACCAAUACAAAAGGCCUUCAUUAUAAGUUUUUUAAUGGUAGAAAUUCUAGUUAAUUUGGCCCUAUGUUGUCAUAACUAUACAGAAAGAACCCUAUUCUUAUCCGCACCCUAUGCAUUAAAAUCUUCAAAGGACAAUACUUCAGUAUUAGAUACUAAGGAGCAUACAUUAAAGAAGAUUCCUUUUGAAACUAUUAAGCUAUUUUUUUUUCCUAUAUGAAAGUUGAGAAUAAUCUGUAUGUAUUUAUAUAACUGAAAAUCCUGGCCAUCAGGCCUGGUCCAUGGGACUUAACAGUAAGGUUUUGUUCAAGAUUGGAAAUUGUACUGUUCCCUUUGAAGGAAAAAACAAAUCCAAUUCAAUACUGACGAACUUUUGCUUGUAAUUUUACUGUACAUGUGUUUUUAAAGAAGAAGAAAACAAAAGCCAGACAACCCUAAGCUGUCCUGGUAAAUAAAUUCAAAUCUUUGUCAUACCUGAUAUUAUAUAAUCUUCUAUGUAAGUUUUUUAAUUAAAGUUAUUUCUAUAUACCUUGUGUGAUACAAUUAAAUGCUAUCUAUUCAUGGCACAUGUUCCUCUAACCUUAGCCAAAAUUAAAACAGUACUAGGGAACAAAUUUUCACUUAUACUAUAGGCAAAAUCUUAACCAAGCUCUAUUCCAAACAUAAGAAUUAAUGUAAAUAUUGAAUCUUAUCUCUCAAGAAAUUUAAUAUUGGUCCUGUUUCUUCUUGCUGUAUUUAUCAUUGAGUAAGAGUAUUCUGAAAAAUACAGUACCUGAUAACAUAGUUGGGAACACAGGUCCUAAUACCUGAGCUCAUGGACGAACUCUGUAGCCUGGCACCUCUUUGCCUACUUGAUCUAUUUUGGAAGAAAAUACAUCCUUGGGGUCAAGAUCCACAAGUUACAGAACAUUCUCAGCCACUUGAUGCUGCUACAGGGUAAAGUCAGACUGAAAACUAAGAGAAUGUUAAGCAAAUGAAGCUUCUUUUGUUUUAACUCCCCUCUUCAGGGCUCUUUUAAGAAAAGGGGAGGGGGGCCAGAAAUCCCCAGAUCCUGCCCUACUGGGUCCUUUCCAAUGGUGCCACCCUCUUGCUGUGCUUCACUUUCUUCAUGUUAAAAAAGGAAUAAAAAUACCUACCCUUCCACCUACAGGAAUAAUUUAUAGGUUUAAUGAGAUUAUAUGAAAAUAUAGCUGACAAAACAUAAACUUACAGAAUGCUAGCCACUUUAUGCUGAGUAUCUGCUAAGUUCUACAAAUAUACCAGCAGCUUCCAUACCUCGCCUGGUGCUCAAAACAGCCUGCAUGGUUUAUACAGUUAGAGAACAUUCA